AUGUCGUCGACUAGGACGCUGGAAGCCUACGAAAUGGUCGACAAUGAGCUUAACCAAAGCAAUGCCCGUCCCUUAGGCCAUCACUCGAUCAUCUUUCCGUCGAAUGUCAUCCUUCUGGUAACAGUGACCGGUGGUGCUAUUGCAUCCCCGCUCAUUGAAAGACAAAACUCUAUCCCAUGGAAUUAA